UUUAUCGUCCAAACCUCUAAACAAUACGUCUUGUUUUUUAUACUCCCAAGGGCCAGUCCCAAACUCCCAACACCUCCCAAUUACCUAUACUGUAUUACUGUGUCUGAGUGUGUCUUGCGUCCGCAGGUCCGCGUACACUGUUGUGUGUACUUCCGUUUUGUCUUUCCGUCAGUUUCUACUGUUUCUAUACUAAGUUCUUGGUGUUUACUUAUUGCAUUUAUAAUUUUUUUUUGUUACGACAUUUAUAUUAACUUGGAAUUUUAAACAAGUGUUUAUUUAUACGUGUACUUCGUGUUAAUGUUGAUUUCUGAAUUGCAUAGAAAUAACAUUCGCCACCAUUCGAUUGACUGUUUCCAUCAGGAGUUAAAUGGCUGAUUCUAAUUUGAUGGAUCCUUUAGUGGAUUCAACACAGCAAGAGUUUAAUGAUGCACAAAAUAGUAUGACUUCAUUUGAAAAUGAUAAUGUAGAUUCUAACGAUCAAGAUAGUAAUAUGAACUCAAAUCGACAAGAUAAUAUGAACUCUAACAAUCAUGAAUCAAUGGAUAAUUCAUAUGAUCAAGAAAAUGGACAUUCAAAUCCUGAAAAUGAACAAUCGUUUGAUGAUAAUGGUAGAGGUUCUUUCAGGGAAUUUGGAGAUGGUAAUGGUCAAUUUGAUAACAAUUAUGGAUCUAGAGGUGACCCUAAUUGGAAUAAUGGUAAAGGAAAUAAUGAAGCUGGAAGAUUUGGAGGAUUUGGUAAUAAUAAUCCUAAAGGAUCUUCUAAUUAUCGAGGCGGGGGUUCAUAUGACUUUAGUAGUCCUACAAAUGGAAGUUUUAAACCUCAAAGAAGUAGAUGGUCUUCUGAAAAUACAGAUGAAAACUGGAAUGGUGUUUCUCAAGAAUCAUCUCCAAAUAUGAUGAAUGGUCCACCACCAACAUCUCAAGGAGGCCCACAGUUUGGAGAAAAUCAAGUACCACCAUUUAACGAACAAGAUAGAAAUGGACAGACUGGAGGUCCGCCUACAAAUCAAUUGCCUUCAUUAUUACAAAUGCCGCCUGUAAUGCCACCAAGUACUGGAGUAUCACAAGGCCCACCACCGAUAAUGUCUGGAGAAGUGUGGAUUGAGACUAAAGCUGGUGAUGGAAAAUCAUAUUAUUAUAAUGCUAGAACACGUGAAACUACUUGGGAUAAACCAUCUGGACCUAAUAUUACUGUCAUUUCUCAAGAACAGGUUGAACAUCUUGGUAAUCCUAAUACAAAUAACUUUGCUAAACCUAAUGAAGGUGAACAACAAACUCCUAAUGAUGUUGAAAUGAAAAGUAUUGAAGACAAAUCACAUAAUAAUGAACAAGCUCCUUUGAUGCAUCCACCAAAUGUUGGAGUACCUCCAUUAGGUGCAGUUCCUGGUCAAAUGAUGCCUCCUAUGAUGGGUCCUCCUCCUGGUAUGAUGCCUCCUAAUACCAUGAUGCCUCCACCAAAUUUUCCGCCAUUUGGUGGACCACCACCAUUUGGUAUGCCACCUCCAGGAUUUCCACAAGCUGCUCCAUGGGGUAUGAUGCCCCCAGGAUUUGCACCUCCGCCUAUGAUGAUGCCUGGAAUGGAACUUAAUAGCAAAAUAGAUCCAGUAAUCUUAGCCAAUGCUGCUGAAUGGUCAGAACAUCGUUCACCUGAUGGAAGAAUGUAUUAUUAUAGUAUGAAAACAUCAGAAUCAGUUUGGGAAAAACCUGAAGCCCUUAGAAAUCUUGAUUUGGCUAGAGACGUUGCUGCUGCAAAACUAAGAAAAGAAGCUGAACAGAAAAUGGAACAGAAAUCAGAUCCUCUAGUUGAUAUGGGUUUCCAUAAAUUAAUGAAUGGUUCGAAUUCAGAUAUUGGUUCAUUUAAAAGAAAAGAUGAAGAACUUCAAGAGCCUAACAAAAAAACUAAAAUUGAUGAAAAACCCAAAGUAUUAGAAAAAUUGAAAGUUCAAGACAAAACUAGACCUGUAUCUAGUACACCUGUUGAAGGAACUCCAUGGUGUGUAGUAUGGACAGGAGAUGGUCGUGUAUUUUUCUUUAAACCUUCAACUAGAACAUCAGUAUGGGAAAAACCAGAUGAUCUUAAAGGAAGAUCUGAUGUUGACAAAAUGGUAUCAAAUCCACCAGAAGUAGUUCAAGCUUUAAAAAGUGCCGAAGGACAAUCGCCCACUAAAAAAGCAAAGACUGAUAGUGAUAAAACUUCCCAAGACAGUACUAAUAAUACCAAAAAUGAUGUUGAAUCUAAGGUGAACUUAAUGAAAGAUUCAGCUAUGGAAGCAGAACUGAGAGCAGCUAAAGAAAGAGCAGUAGUGCCUUUAGAGACUCGAAUAACACAAUUUAGAGAAAUGUUAUCUGAGAAAGAGGUUUCUGCAUUUAGUACAUGGGAAAAAGAAUUACACAAAAUAGUAUUUGAUCCUCGCUAUUUGUUACUAACAUCUAAAGAAAGAAAGCAAGUAUUUGAAAAAUAUGUGAAAGAACGUGCGGAUGAAGAGAGACAAGAAAAACGCAACAAAAUGAAAAUGAGACGUGAAGCUUUUAGACAGUUAAUGGAAGAAGCUAACCUUACAACAAAGACAUCAUAUAGUGAUUUUAGUUCCAAAAACUCUAAAGAUGAAAGGUAUAAAAAUAUUGAAAAAUCACGCGAAAGAGAAGGAUUAUUUAAUGAAUACAUGGUAGAAUUAAGAAAACAGGAAAAGGAAGAAAAAGCGUUGCGUCGUGAACAGGCUCGAAAGCAGUUUAUAGAAUUAUUAAAGGAGCACACUGAAAUCGACCGGCAUACUCGUUGGCCUGAGAUAAAAAAGAAAUUAGAUCAUGACUCUAGAUAUAAAGCAGUUGAUUCCAGUACGUUACGUGAAGAUUUUUUUAUUGAUUAUAUAAGAAUUUUAAAGGAUGAAAGGAAGAAAGAAAAGGAACGAGAACAUAAAGAAAAAGACAAACAUAGUCAUAAACGAGAUAAGCGGGAUAAAGAAGAUAAAGAAUCGUCCACUAAAUCUGAUUCAAAACAUGAAGAUAAGUCACCUGAGAAACAAAAAGAAGAGUUAAAAGAUUCCAAGGAUUCAAAAGACUCUAAAGAAGCUCGAAUUGAAGCUAGCUUAAAAGAGCGAGAAAAAGAAGUUCAGCGUACUUUAGCUGUACAUUUGAAGCACAGAGAGAAUGAACGUGAACAACACAAACAUGAUGAAGCAGUUGUUCAUUUUAAUGCUCUUUUGGCAGAUUUGGUUAGAAGCAAUGAUAUGUCUUGGAAAGAAGCUAAAAGGCAAUUGAGAAAAGAUAGCAGGUAUGAAUUAGUAGAUUCAUUGGAGUCUGAAGAAAAAGAAAAGUUGUAUAAGGUCCAUGUAGAAGAGUUAUCUAAGCGAAAGAAAGAAAAAUUUAGGGAAAUGCUAAAUGAGAUAAGUGACUUAACAUUAGAUAGUUCUUGGAAAGAGAUAAGAAAAUCAAUUAAAGAAGACGUAAGAUAUGUGCGAUUUUCAUCUAGUGAUAGGAAAUGUGAAAAAGAGUUUAGAGAGUAUUUAAAAGAUAGAAUGAUUGCCGCUAAAAAUGAAUUCAAGAAUCUGUUAAUGGAAACUAAAUUGAUCACUCAUUUAUCAAAUGCAAAGCUACAAGAAAACCAUGAAACUUAUUUUAAAGAGGUUGAAGAUAUAUUAAGCAAAGAUAAACGGUAUUUAUUUUUGGAUAGUAUAGCUGAUGAACGUUCGGAGUUAAUAAUUUCCUAUAUCGAAGAAUUAGAAAAACGUGGUCCACCCCCACCACCCACUGCUACAGAACCCAAUCGACGACCACCAUUGAAAUAAAUUAAUUUUUAAUUUUAUAAACUAAAUUAUUUCUGCUCUUAUAAUAUCGUAAUACUUCAACGAUAAACUUACAUUUAUUUUUAUUUUUCAGAAAUAAUUUUUAAACUUGUUUUUUAUUCAAUUUAUUUGUGUUGUUAUUAUUAAUUUUUUUUAUAGGCACAAGUAUCAGUAAGUAGCAGAUAAAAUGUUAUCAUUAAGAUCUUUUUCUUAUUACUGCACAGGAUAAACUAGUUUUUUAGGAUUCAAUAUUACUAUGAUUUUGUGUUGAGAUUAAUAGGAAAUGGAAUAGAAAUAAUUUCUAUUUUUUUUUUUUUUU